CCUAGCACCACAGUCUUUAGCACAGACACAUUCCUGCUCCGUCGCCGAGCAACCUUCACCUUCAAAGUCGCUUCUGCCGCACCUGACCUCGACUCUUGUUUUCCUGAAGAAUCACUUGCAGGCACGGGUCAAGCAAGCUAAAAUGACGCCAGCUGAAACGUCGGAGGAGGAUUUGAGAGAUUUGGA